UCUCGGGAUGGCCGUAGCCUGAGACAGAAGGGUAGGUAUAACCGGAGUUCCUACGAGCUCCCUAAGGAAGCAAGUUCUGACAGUUCUGCCAGGGAGUUGGAGCGCAUGAAAGAUGAGAUAUGUCAGGGGGUCUCCCUCGCUUACAAAGAACCCAACAGUAAUGAAACAUAUUUGAUGUCAAGAGAAAAAAAGACAUUUGUGAGACUGUUCUCAUCUGGAUAAUCAUUCACUACAUGACCAAGUCUGCCCUCCAAUACCUAACACCAUACACUAUAUUUCUACUGUUCAGUCACAUGUUUAAAAGUGGAUGAAAGAGGUGCAGAGCACAGGGAGAUCCAGCAAGUUGGCUCACAGACCUACAAGGAGACUCAAAGGCAAUCUUUUUCAUAACAUCAUAAUCAUCCAUAACAAUCCAUAACAAUGCUUGUAUUUAAGUGCACAAUCUGAAGUAUGGUCCCUGUGCUGUGCCAAUCAAAUCACCUACAAGUAUAUGUCACAGUUUCCUCUGUGUUACUGCAGGCUAACCUUUGCCCUGGCUGUGUUUGGUAUUUUAUUAUGUUGACCUCUAAUCACAGUAGGAAAUCAUUUGGAAAUCUGGACUCUAAACAAAUGAAUCUCUGUUGUGGUUUGACAAACAUGGGAGAAACUAAAAAAUGCUGCAAUGUUUGCUGAAUGUUUUAACCGUUAAAUGUACCCAAUUUAAGUUGAAACUAAAGACUUAAACCACAUUUAGUUUAUUAUUCAACAUCUUUAUCAUGAUUGAAUCAGCUUUCAGAUUAUGACCUUUAAAUGUAUUUGCGAUCUCUCUAAGUUCCCAUUGUUUGUAUGCACAUAGCACAAUAUGAAUAUGAUGUAAUGGUUGUAAAAUACUCAAUCAUUAUGACUACAUUGAUGAAGUAUUCUAUAAAUGUUCAUUUCUGUCUUGUAAUGAUCUUUAUAUGUCAUAACUCUGACUUAUGUUAACAUUAUGAUAAGAGACCGGUGUGUUGAACUGUUUUUAACCCCCGAGUGUGUCUGCAAUGUUGUUUGUUUCAUUGAAUCAGUGUGUGGGCUUGGAGUAACGAGGGGUGUCAGAGUCACAGAUACUGACUCUUUACUCCACAUUUCUUCACUUUUUGGGGAAGUGCCCUCAACAAUCAUUAAUCUGUUCUGAUUUGAAAUGGGCUCUUCACUCUAACAUUUUUAUUCCUGACAAAAUGUGGGUGAGAUAUCUCGGGUUUGUUAUUCUUUUCGGCCUUCCAGGAGCACUGCAUGCUCAAAGUGCAACUCAGCCUUGUGGCGCUCCAGGCUUUGAUGGUGGGUUUUUUUUCCCGAAACAAGAAACAUAUUCUCAUGAAAUUGAGAUAACUUACGCCUGUGAUAGUGGACGUAAACCUGCAGUGAAGGGAUGGUGGGCAACAAGCACAUGUCAAAACGGGGUAUGGUCUCCUGAACCGCAAUGUAUAGAAAUAAACGCCUGCAUUCCAAUAACAGUCCCCAAUGCAAAAUACACAGAAAACUCAGACGGUUGGUAUGAGGAGGGGGAAAAAAUACGGGUAACAUGUGACGAGGGAUAUGAAGUGAAAAAGAGGGACGCCACAGCUGUUUGUCUCAAUGGAACCUGGACCUCUGUGCCUGUCUGUGAGAAGAGCAUCCUUGCAUGUGGUGAACCCCCUCAAAUCCCCCAUGCAGUCAUUGUUGGUCAGAGAUAUCAGGAGGUGUUUGCUGCAGACUCCAGUGUGAAAUAUGAAUGUGAAGAUGGAUACUCUGUGGAGGGAGCAGAGAGCAAAAAAACCAUCUUCUGCAUAUCCGGAAACUGGACUGAAGGCCCAACGUGCAUCAGAGGAACUAGACCAGGUAGCGGAGGAGGUGAAGGACAAACUACAUCUUCUGACAGAACACAACCUACAGUUGGAGUCAGAAACUGUGGAACUUUCCCUACAGUUGCCAACGGUGAAGUAGUGGAAUCGAACGAAUCGUUUUUGAAGUACAGCUGCAAAGUUUUUUACAAACUAGUUGGUCCAGAGACAGUGCUGUGUUAUGGCAACGGCACAUGGUCCAAUAUACCCAUCUGCAGAGAUGCCUACUGUGCUGUGAACACUGAUGAACAUCCAUUGUUAGUUUCAGUCGGAAAAGUCUUUAUAAAAGAGGGAGAGGAAAAAGAAUUUGACUGUGUGCAUCAGGAUGAGUGGUGGUUUAAUAAUUACUCAGUGGGCAAGUGCACGACUGAAGGACUGAGGUUACAGAAAUGUUGUGCCAGGACGCAAAUAACAUUGAAUACCUGCUCAGGCGUUCUUGCAUAAGGGAGGAUUCUGCUGCUUCAAGAUUUGUUCAUUAUUGACUGAAGACAAACACCAGACACUUUCAGAGGACAAUAAUGUUUGGAUUAUGCAGUUACUCACUUUGCCCACUUUUCAAGAUGAUCCCCUCAUGCUAAGAUAAUGGAGGGGCUUUACUUUGUCUACAGUAAUAACAGCUAUGCAUGAUGAGCAUUUAUAAAUUGUACUCAAUAAAAUCUUUGUGACGA